AAUGGCUACAGAUCACCUCUACAGCCACUGCGAAGGCAUGCACACACACACACACACACACACACACUUCUACGCAAAUUUGUCAAACACUAAUACACACAUGUCGCUGACACUCAAAGCCGAGACGUCCAACAUCGUCCGGCAGCUAUGAGACAGCAAUAUUUAGCAUGAGAUGUGAGACAGACUACCACAACAGUAGUCAGCGUAGCAUUCAUGCGUCACAGCUACAACCGACCCACCGUACCGUACAGCAUCGACUCAACCAUACAGCGAGCUGUCUAAAUCCACGACCGCAUGUACGAUCGACAACACUGAGUGAAAUUUGUCGAUUCUUUGGCCUGAUCAAUAAUCUGCAGCAUAGUUUUCUCAGCCAGCGAUCGUGUACCACCUGCCAACUGUCGCGCCUGAGCCAUAUUUCAGAAUUGAUCGAUUCCGACUAUGCGGUAGUAAUUCUGUUUCUGAACAUACGCCAAGCAUUCGACCGAGUACCUCACAAACCAUCGUCACAAAAGUUGGAGAACUUCGAGAUCCGGGACACAUUAAUAUGUUGCCGAUCCUUAUACCUAAUUGGUCGAAAACAAGUAGUCCCUUCAGGUGAAUAUCGCUCUUCUCCACGCCCCAUCACCAGUGGGUCAUUCAAAGCAGUGUGCUCGGUCCUUCACUCUUUCUGCUCUACAUCAAUGACAUCACCACAUCUGUAAACAUGGUCGACCAGUUUUAGCUGCUGACGAUAUCAAGAUCGUCGUCCACAGGCUACAGCGUGACGAACUACAUGGAACGCUACUGCUCAUUCAAGAUGAGCUUACAUUCCCUUGAGUCAUGGGGCCACACGUGGGAGAUGAACCUCUCGGAUAAAAAUCAUGCAUCAUGUCUUACGACUGUUCCAUCCCCGAAGGAUCUAGCACACUAAACAAUGAACACAUCCCUACACAGCUGUCCACGCGUGAUCUGGGAACUAGGUACUCGCCUACCUGUAAUUUCGCCGAACAGGCCCGAUACCAGGUAGCACGUGCCAGACAAUCUAUGUUCAUUAUAUACAACAAAAUCCACACAACUCAUGCUAGGCUUGAGCUGUUUCACCUACUCAC